AUUCUAUUUUUUUUAAUAUGUGUGAAAAAUCCAAAGUGGAAGGACUUAAAAGAACAGAAAGAGUAAUUAUUAGCAUAUUCAAGAAGUGGUAAAAGGUUUUACUUAAGGACUUAGCUAAAUUUUGUCAAAUAUCCUACAUGUUACAAACCCAAACAAUUUGUAAAAAGUAAAAGUAAAUCUCAAUCGUGUAUAGUACCGGUAUAAUGCUAGUAAGUAUAUAAAAGCCUAGAGUAUUUUACUAGUGUUGUAUUUCUAAAAAUUGGAAUCAUUUUUAUAGUUUAGGAGAGAAAAAUCAUCCUUUUCUUUUUGCAUUGUUUGACCUUUCACAUUGAAUGCCAAACUUAUUCAGUGAUUGGAGAUUACUCAUAGUACAACUGUACAAGUCAUGAAUGUCAGCUUUGACUUUCUUCCAUUCCACACUUCAAGUUUAACCUUUUUAUAUGCACCAUUAUCCUCUUCUCAUCAAAUUAUUUUCAUAAAUCAAUAAUGGCAGAAGCUGUAUUAUUCAACAUUGCCCAACAACUUCUAAACAACAUAAGCUCAACAGCCAUUGAAGAGGUUGCAUCUGCUUGGGGCUACAAAACCCAGCUUGGAAAACUCAAGAAUAGCAUUAACACCAUUAAAGAUGUACUCUUAGAUGCAGAAGAAAAACAGCCCAACAGCCAUGCUAUUCGAGGUUGGCUGGAGAGGCUUCGAGCUGCAGUAUAUGAUGCAGAUGACCUGUUUGAUGAAAUUACCAGCUUAGCUACCCAGAAUGAGAUCAUGUCCGGGAAGAAAUCCACCAAGGAGGUAUGCUUCUCCUACUUAAAAUUUAAUCAGCUUCAUGUUGGUAGUGCAAUGGCUACGAAAAUUAGUAAGAUAAGGGAAAAUUUAGAUGAUAUUGCAAAAGAUGGUGGGGAUUAUGGUUUUAGGCUACAAGUUGAUGAGGAUAGAGUAGUGGGUAAAAAAAAGGAACAAACGCAUUCUUUUGUUUGUGAGGAGGAGAUUGUAGGAAGGGAUAGUGAUACAGUUGCUAUAUUGGGUAUGCUGUUGUGUUCUGAAAUUGAAGAGGUCGUUUCAGUUAUUCCAAUUGUUGGGAUUGGAGGACUUGGAAAGACUACUUUGGCUCAAUUAGUUUAUAAUGAUAAAAGAGUUGAAGAUCACUUCGAGCUUCGAUUGUGGGUUUGUGUGUCUGAAAUCUUUGACAUUAAGGUUAUUGUGGAGAAGAUUUUAACUUCUGCUACAUAUGUGAAGCCUUGUGAUUUAGAAAUGGACCAACUGCAAAGACAACUUAGGAAUGCUAUUAGUGGAAAGAGGUAUUUGCUUGUUUUGGAUGAUGUAUGGAACGAGGAUCGUGAAGAAUGGCUUAAGUUGAGAGCUUUGCUGAUGAGUGGUGGGUCGCGAAGUAGGAUUUUGGUAACCACGCGUUCUAGGCAGGUGGCAAGCAUUAUGGCGAUGGGAUCAUGCUACAAUUUGAGACACCUUAAUGAAGUAGAGUCUUGGUCUUUAUUUUGUAAAAUGGCCUUUGAACCUGAUCAAGAGGAUAAAGAUCUAGAGUUGGUUGAAAUAGGGAAGCAAAUUGUAAGGAAGUGUGCCAAUGUUCCACUUGCAAUUAGGACUGUUGGGGGUCUUUUAUAUGCUAGAGAUAGGAAAAGAUGGUUAGGUUUUAAGGAUAAUGAAUUAGCAAAGAUAUCAGAAACUGAAAACAGUAUUAUGCCUAUUUUAAAGCUUAGUUAUAACCAUCUUCAUUCUGCACUUAAGCAUUGCUUUGCUUAUUGUGCUUUGUAUCCCAAGGACUUCGAAUUAGAAAAAGAGACGCUGAUUAAGUUGUGGAUUGCUGAAGGUUUCGUCGUACCAUCAUGCAAAAGACAGAGUUUUGACGAUGCAGGAGAAGAGUAUUUCAUGGAUUUGGUACAAAGAUGCUUCUUUCAAGAUUUAAGAAAAGACGCACAAGGAAACAUACAGAGUUGCAGGAUUCAUGAUUUGAUGCAUGAUUUAGCCAUGAAAGAGGCUGGAAGAGAGAGCAUUAUAUUUUCGCCUGAUAUAAGGAAUGUGAAUACAAAUACUCAUCAUUUGUCUAUUGGGUUUAAUCUCACAUCGUCUUGGGAAAUACCUAGUUGCUUGUUAGAAUUGAAGUCUCUACGUACGUUUCUUUUGCCCGAACAAGCAAAACUAGGGACUAGGAUUAGGAAGUCAGUAUCCGAGCAAUUGGUUUCAAACUUUAGACGCUUGCGGGUGUUGGAUGUACAUGGGCUAGGCAUUGAAAAUCUAUCAAGAUCUAUAGGGGAUCUAAUUCAUCUAAGGUACCUAGAUCUCUCGUAUAAUUCACACAUCAAAAAGCUUCCAAACUCUGUUUGUAAACUAAAAAACUUACAGGUGCUGAGACUUUCCAAGUGUUAUAGGCUGAGAGAAUUGCCCACAGAUAUCAAGAUGCUGACCAAUCUUAGGUGCCUUGAGCUUGAUGAUUGUGAUGCAUUGACUCAUAUGCCAGCUGAAAUAGGGAGAUUGGCUUCUCUCUGUAAGCUGAAUCAGUUUAUAGCAGGCAAUCGCUCAAAUACUUUUCAUCUUAAAAAAUGUGCUGUGCUCAGGGAUUUGAGUUCUCUGAACAAUCUGUCAGGAGAUGUACAGAUUAUACUUCAAGGGAAAUGGAAAGAUGCUCUUUCAGAAGCAAAGGGAGCAAAUUUGUGCAGAAAAUUACAUCUUCAGAAGUUGGUGGUAGAUUUUUUUGAAGCAAACUGCAUGCACCAUGAAGCAUUGCUAGAAGGGCUGCAACCCAGUCAAAAUGUGAAGUGUCUUUCUGUCACAUAUUAUGCUGGUCAGAGUUUUCCGAGUUGGGCCAGACUGGAUAAGCUAAGCUUUUUCUUACCGAACCUAAUCGAGAUUUAUAUAAGCAAUUGUAAUAGAUGCCAAUGUCUCCCCUUUUUCAGCCAACUCCUUUCUCUUAAACGUUUAUAUAUUACCUAUGCCCACAGCGUGGAGUACAUGGAGAAUAUUUGCCCGUCUUCAUCUAGCUCAUCGAGUUUGUUUUUCCCGUCCCUUGAAGCUUUGACACUUGAUCGGAUGGGUAAUUUAAGAGGCUGGUGGGGAAAAACCACACAAAUGGAAGAUGAUCAUGAAGUUACGGAGUUUCCAUGUUUCCCUCAACUCACUAAGCUUCACCUACAAAAUUGUGCCAAGUUGCAAACAAUGCCUCUUUUUCCUUAUGUUGAAGAACUGAAGCUGGUGAAUGUUGACGAGAAUUUAUCUUUAAAGAAAGCAGUUAAAAAUUUUGCUGUAGUGCCUUGCGCGUUGCUAUCUUCAAGACUCAAAUCCUUGGAGAUCGACAACUUAGAUCAUUUCUUAUCUCUUCCGAAAGAGCAUCUUCAGAGCAUCUCUUCCUUGGGGUUGUGGCAGUGUUCUAAAAUAGUGAACCUAUUAGGACUUGGAGAAGGAUUGAGAAACCUGCCUUCGCUUAAAUCACUCACAUUCUUUCACUGUGACAAGUUGACUUCAUUAUGUGGUGGUUUACAACAUCUCACAUCUCUUCAAGAAUUGCUGAUUCGAAAAUGCAAGGAGCUCGACAGACUAGAUGAUGAGGAAGAUGAAGGCAUGCCAUGGAAAGCACUCAAGAGCCUUCAUUGUCUAAGACUUCGGUACCUACCAAAAAUGGUUGCUCUUCCGCAGGGACUUCAAUACACAACAUCUAUUCAGUUCCUAGAGAUUGUCGGAUGUGAUGGUUUAACAGCACUUCCAGAUUGGAUUGGCAGUCUCUCAUUGCUUCAAUGUCUUGGCAUUAAAGAAUGCUUCAAACUGAAGGCAUUGCCGAGAGGGUUCAUGCACCUUAGUAAGUUGAAGGAACUUGAGAUUACAGCAUGUCCUAGACUGACUAGAAGAUGCCGAGAACCUCAAGGCGAGGAUUGGCCAAAGAUUAAGCAUAUUCCGAGUAUUAUAGUCCGUGAGAGUUGCUGGGAUAAUGCUUGAUUUCACAAAUGGAAGAGCAUCUUUCUUCUAGAUCAAUAUUGUAACUCAAAAACCUAUUUGACUCUUGUUAGAUAGUGAUUUUACCUAGUACUCCCCUGUCCUAGACAGUUAGCCCCAUUAGUUAAAGUAAUGGGUAUUUAGAAAUAAAAAAGAAUAGAGAGUAAAAUUGAUGAGGUGAUAUCCAAAAACUGAGAUAGGGCAACAAAGGAGUAUACAGAGAUAGUACUUACCUUUUUCCUUGUAAAACUUUAUCUCUGAAGUUCCUUCUGUGAGAAACAAAGUAUUUACCGGUGCCAUAGUUUAUUUUAUUGUAUAGAGCACAGAGCA